UUAGCAGAGACGCGCUGCGCGCCCUCGUGAGUGCGCGCGAUGGAUCAGAUGAGCUCUACGGGCGUCGCUUAUAAUCAGGAUUUAACGCACAAGACUAUCCUGGUUGGAGACAGCGGUGUGGGUAAAACAUCUCUGCUGGUUCAGUUUGAUCAGGGCAAAUUCAUCCCGGGAUCUUUUUCUGCAACCGUGGGAAUCGGAUUUACGAAUAAAGUUCUCACAGUGGACGAGCUGAAGGUGAAAUUACAGAUCUGGGAUACAGCAGGACAGGAGAGAUUCCGCAGCGUCACACACGCGUAUUACAGAGACGCUCAGGCUCUUCUCUUGCUUUAUGACAUCACCAGCCGAUCAUCGUUUGAUAACACACGGGCGUGGCUAACUGAGAUUCAUGAGUAUGCUCAGGACGAUGUCGUCAUCAUGUUGCUUGGCAACAAGUCGGACAUGUCGAGUUCGAGGGUGAUCAGACGUGAGGAUGGAGAGAAGCUCGCCAGAGAGUAUGGAGUCAUUUUCCUUGAGACCAGCGCCAAGACCGGACUCAACGUGGCUAAUGCCUUUACAACUGUGGCAAAGGAGCUGGUUAGACGUUCAGUGCAGCUGCCUGCUGAGCCCAUAUUUCACCUGCAUGACAUGAUGGAGCCAGAGAAAGAGACGUCAGGCUGCUGUGGCUUUAACUAGAACAGACCUGCAGAGAGACAGACAUAAGACACAGAGGAGUCUGCAGUUAAAGGUUUACACAGAUAUGUUUAAAACAAACCCACAUACACCCACCAUGAAGAGGUGCAGUCAUUCUUAUCCCAACCACCAGAUGGUGCUGUAAGCUGCAGCGCACACUAUCUCAUCUAAUGUAGGCCUUGCAGCCUUGCACGGCUUCAGUUUAUACUAGUAAACUAGUCCGUGUAAAUGACACAGUGGUUUGAGCGUCAGCUGGAAUGAUGCGGGUAAGAAAUGAAAGCUCAUAAAUUACCACUGAUGCUGAUCGUGCUGCAGUGAACAGUGCAAAAACGUCAUGUCCCACUCACUUUUAGUUUCUGUCAGCCUCUGCAUUCCCUUUUUCUACAUUCUGGUAAAUGCAAAUAUAUUUGGACAUAACAGUUUAGCAUACAAAUCCACUGACUCAUCUAGUGUUUAACUAAUCUAAAGAUGAGGAGCAUGCAAUUAAUUGAUGUUUAUACAGCCCUGUUUGAACAUUAUGCUGCAGGUUUGUGUCUGUUCUUGAAUUUUAUGCUGCAUUUGAAUCUCAGGAUUUACACUGGGGAUAUUAAUGCACUAAUAGAAGCUCUACGCUAUUGCAAAUAUAUGAGAACAUAUGAAGAAAUAUGCAUUUUUAUGUUUAGCCAUAGGAAGAUAAAUUAUUCUGAAUUAUUCUGAAAUUCAUAUUUAUGGAAAUGCAUAUUGAGUAUGUAUUUAUGCCUGUUUGUAAUGCGUCCCUGCCUGAGCGUUCAUAUCAAAAACAGAUUUUAUUCUGAAAUUAUGGAAGAAGUAUCUUGUAUAGCAGCUGUUUUCCUGAAAUCAAAACACUUUGCACAAUUUUGUGUCAAACGUCCUCAGGUCUUUUCCCGUGUUUUGACUGUGUAUGAUGCUUUGUAAUUUUUAAACUAGAAAUGAUCAGUUGUGUAAGUCUUGAAAAGUUUGUUUUUCCCUCAUGGAUGCAUUUUGUUAUAAAAGAGUAUUUUAUCAA